AUGGAGCUGGAGCUCGGUUUCCGCGGCCGUCGGGCCUUGGUGACGGGCGCCGGCAAAGGGAUCGGGCGCGCCGUGGCCGUGGCGCUGAGCCGGGCCGGGGCCCGCGUGACCGCGCUGAGCCGCACGGCGGCCGACCUGGAGAGCCUGGCGCAGGAGUGCCCUGGCAUCGAGCCCCUGUGCCUGGACCUGGCCGACUGGGCGGCUACAGAAGCAGCACUGGGCGCCGUGGGGCCCUUUGAGCUGCUAGUGAACAACGCGGCCAUUGCGCAGCUGCAGCCCUUCCUGGAGGUGACCCGCGAGGCCCUGGACCGGUCUCUUGAUGUGAAUUUUCGGGCUGUGCUUCAUGUUUCCCAGAUUGUUGCCCGGCAGAUGAUUGCACAAGGACUGCCAGGUGCAAUUGUAAAUGUCUCUAGCCAGGCAUCUCAGCGUGCUCUGCGGGAUCACGCUGUCUACUGCUCUACAAAAAGUGCUUUGGAUAUGCUGAGCAAGGUAAUGGCUAUGGAGCUGGGACCCCACAAGAUUAGGGUGAACACUGUGAACCCCACAGUGGUUAUGACUGAUAUGGGGAGAAUCAAUUGGAGCGACCCUCAGAAAUCUGCUGCCAUGAUUAGCCGAAUCCCACUGGGAAAGUUUGCAGAGGUGGAUGAUGUCGUGAACAGCAUUCUCUUCCUGCUCAGUGACAAGAGUGCUAUGACAACUGGCAGCUCAUUGAUGGUUGAUGGGGGAUUUCUUGUCUCCUAAGAUGACACAUUCAUUUCACACCUGGCAUUAAUUUUCAUACUAAUACCACACAGAUGUAAACUACCUGGAAAACAGUAAGAGGCACAGAACCCGUGCUGCAAGAGAGGAGGGGCAGCAGGGUUGAAACCUGUAUAAGAAGUGAUGCAGAAAAUUACCCUUAGAAGACUUC